AUGGGAAGGUUGAACAGUCUGGGUCUAGUGACUCUCGCCCUCAACUACAACCUUACAAUAGUCGGGAAGAUCUGGAUAACAGUGAUGGUAGUGUUCAGGCUACUUGUGAUCAUUGGUGUUGGCUAUCCUCUGUACCAAGAUGAGCAAACAAAAUUCACUUGUGACACCAUGCAACCAGGAUGUUCCAAUGUGUGCUAUGAUGCCUUCUUCCCUAUAUCUCACUGUAGAUUUUGGUUUGUACAGGCCACCGCACUCUGCUUGCCUUUAGCGAUGUUCAUCAUGUAUGUGGCUCAUAGAGUGCCAACGCAAAAUGCAAAAGAAAGCUCUCUCCAGUGCCCUCAGAGCCUGGCAGAAACUUCAUCGAUCAGAAAAGUGCCAGUGGGAAGAGCUUCCUUAACCAGGAAAAGCAGUGAGACAAAUUUCCAUUUGGAGGGCAGCCAUGGUGAAACCAAGGCAGUAAAUGAGGAGGUCAGGAUAAGGCAAAGAAUUCUUAAUUUCUGUGAGGCGUAUGUGCUUCAGUUACUUCUGAGGACUUUAUUGGAGGUCGGAUUUGGGGUUGGCCAAUAUUACUUGUUUGGUUUUUUUGUACCAAAUAAGUUUGUCUGCUCCAGCUAUCCAUGUGCCAACAGAGUGACCUGUUAUCCCUCCAGACCCACUGAGAAAACGCUGCUGGUUAAUUUUAUGUUUGGAGUCACUGCAUUCUCCCUUCUACUGAACUUUGUAGAUCUGAUUUAUGUGAUUAAGCAGGCUGUAAAACAAAGCAAGAAGAAUAAGUUGAAAAUGAAGAGUUUUUAUCAUGAAGAGUCAUACCACGAUAUCCCAAGCGACACUCGUGAGCUUCCUGAACACAAAUUAGUCCAAGAGUAUGAAAUGCGUGCGCGAGAAAGGCGAGAGAGCGUUGCAAGCUCAUGCAGUGAAGCUAAAUCUUGCAAAUCCGGGCAGGAGGAGGGAACUUUUACCCGCUCAGAGGUGCAGUCAGAAGACGUGGCUCUCUCCAACACCAACAGCAACAACACACACCUCACUACGAUCACAUCAAGCUCUGCUUUCAUGGGAGGAUCCCCUGACAGGAGUGGCAGCAAGCUGGUCCUCUGUGAUGGUGAGCAGGAAACCCCUGCCCGUUCAUUCAGCAGGUGCACGGAUCAGCAAGGCUCCAGACUAAGGCAGCACGCCCUGCCGAAUCGGCCCGCCGAAUCUCCAUCAAGCAACAACCAACUGUUAGAGUACAGACUUGUUCAUAUGCGGGUUACAGACUGCCAGUCAAACUGCAGCAAAGACAGCAGGAGAAAGAAAUCUGAAUGGGUUUAA